AUGGUGUCAAGCAAGGACAUGCGACGACCGGACCUGAUCGUCCCCUAUCAGGAGCCCGCCGCCUCGAGCGACAAGGCCGACUUUUCGUCUACAAUCUCCUCCACGCUGCCCAUGGCUGCCAUGUUUACACGCAACAGAUACAUCGGAUGGGCGGCCGUCGUCUUCACCAUCCAGAAUUGGCUGGGUGAGAGUGAGGAGACGACCAAGAAUUCGAGUACGCCCGGCGUCUUCUCCGUCCUCAUGUCCGUCAUGGCUCUGGGCGUCACCUACAUGCCGCUCUUCCUUCCGCCCAGCCGCAACGCCGCUGGCGGAUCUAGUACCGAAGCCCCUGCGCCCAUUCCGGCCUCAUAA